GCGGCGACUAAUGGGAUAUCAUGCGCAUGCGUCACAACGGCGCGUUCUAUAUAAACCACGUAUCCCGCAUGCGCGUGGAGAGACGGUGUUUUUUUUGGUGCUGUGAGAAGAUGUCGCGGUAUGGCCGUUAUGGCGGAGAAACCAAAGUGUACGUUGGCAAUCUAGGUACUGGUGCUGGUAAAGGAGAGCUUGAGAGAGCUUUCAGCUACUAUGGACCAUUACGUACAGUGUGGAUUGCACGGAAUCCUCCAGGAUUUGCAUUUGUUGAAUUUGAGGACCCAAGAGAUGCUGAAGAUGCAGUUCGUGGACUAGAUGGGAAGGUUAUUUGUGGAUCCAGGGUGAGAGUGGAGCUAUCAACUGGUAUGCCUCGUCGGUCUCGCUAUGACCGGCCCCCAGCACGGCGACCAUUUGAUCCUAAUGAUAGAUGCUAUGAAUGUGGUGAGAAAGGUCAUUAUGCUUAUGACUGUCAUCGCUACAGUCGUCGGAGAAGAAGCAGGUCACGGUCUCGAUCUCAUUCAAGGUCCAGAGGAAGGCGAUAUUCACGCUCACGCAGCCGAAGUCGUGGCAGGAGAUCCAGGUCUAUCUCAGCUCGCAGAUCUAGAUCACUAUCUCCUCGUAGAUCCAGGUCUAUCUCGCCACGCAGAUCCCGAUCAGGUUCUUUAAAGAGAUCAAGGUCUCGGUCCAGAUCAAGAUCAAGAUCCCGGUCUAUUUCAAGACCCAGAAGCAGCCGCUCCAAAUCGAGAUCACCAUCUCUAAAGAGAAGUUUUGAUAUGAGCCAUUUAUAUCCAUUCUCCAUUAACUCGGGUCGUUCACCAUCAGGAAGUCCUCGAAGGAGUGUGAGUCCAGAAAGAAUGGAUUAGAAUUACGAAGAAAUUGUUAGGAAGAGUUUUGUUUACGUUAUUUUAAGGGAUUUCUUUGGUGUUAUUGACGAAAUGUAAGGAUUAGUUGAUCAAAAACCUUUCUAGGACUAACGCAGCAAGGAUCUUGAUCUUGUAGUAAAAACUGCUUGCUGUAGACUAGUGCACAAUUUCUUGUUAUGUAAUAACAUCCUGUGAUCUGAAAGUGGUCUUUUUAUUGGCACCUGAAAUAAAAAUGUGUAUUUCUAA